CACAUGUAUAUAGCAGCCAUGUUGUGUAGUUCCUUUGGCUGGUUGGUUAAUACAGGUUUGACUGUAGUUUCAGAGGAACUUUCUCUUUUUUGAAGAAAAACCAUGAAGUACUUAUUUUAAGAAACAUUUGACCUAAAUAUUAUAACACACUGGCAAGUAUGGCCAUGUAGAAAACAUUGAAAACCAUAUUCUUUAAGUAGCUUAUUCAACUUCUAGCAAAUUUUACACAAAUGUUUCUUGGAUAGCCAUCUGCCAAAUUCCUUCAUGGCAUUCUUUUACAUUAGAAAACAUGGUUCAACUUUGAAAUAUCUUAGCAAGAAAACAUUUUACCUAAGAGUUUUACUUAGUGUUAUAUUUGUUCAAUAUCUGACUUAAAUCACUUUUUAAGGAGGAUACAGUGACGUUUCUGCAAUUGUUACUGCCAUAGUGUGUGAUUUGUAAAUAUUUUUUGCAGCUUUAACAUUUUGCUCAAUAUAUAAUCCUGCAAAACCUUUGCUCAGAACACCUGCCUACCAGGUAUAUUAGCUUUUCUACUGUUUGUUUCUAUUAUAUGAAUUUUAAAAGGAGCGUCCUUUAGAAGCAAUGAGUGGUUAGUACUAAGCCAAAUAAUAGUAGACUCAGUUUGAGUCUGUUCAUAAGAGGUAAUGGAAUGUGUAACACCCCUUAAUGCACCCCCAUCCCCCUUACCAGGGAACUGUGUUAUAACAGAACAUUCUCCUUGAUUGCAAAAGACAGAACUGUAAUAAUAACCACUGCGUUCUUUAUGAGAAGACGUUUUACAGCCAUCGCACAGUGCUUAAAGAAUGUUGUAGUGAUAGUUGAAUAAAUUUAUGAAAAUAAUCCUGUGGGUACCAAGAAAAAUAAUUGCAGACUCAGUUUGAUCAAGUCUGUUCAUUAGAGAUAAUGGAAAGUAUUAAAUUGCCCCUUUACCCACCAGCAUUAGCUUUAACACCAACUGAUGCUGUUGGUAUGAUUGUUAGCUUGCUGAGCACAAAUUGCUUAAGGUGACUUACUGUGUCCAGAAUCCAAUGUUGUCAUUUCUCAACAGUUUGACUUUUAACACUGUAGAGGUCAUAUUUUCUACCAGAUCUUUAUGAAACUUGGUCGGAAUGUUUGUCUGUUUUCAAUGUAGGAUAAAUUUGUUACUUGGUCACUGGUCACUGGUCAUUAUGUCGUAUCAUAGAAAACUUUAAAAGAGGCAACUUUUUCAACUUGGUCAUCAUACAUCUUUGGCAGAAUGUUUGUCUGUAUGAAGUUUAGAUCAAGUUCAAAAGUGGUGUACUUGAGGUCAAAAAACUAUGUAACUGGGUCAAAUCAUUGAGAAACUUGGAUAAUACUCUACCUGAUUUUCAUAAAAUAUGGCCAAAGUGUUUAUCUCUAUGAAAUCUGAGCCAAAUUUGAUACUAGAUUUUCUGGUGUACGAACUAGGUCAAGUGAUACAUGUUGUAUGUGAAAGAUUAUCCAGAAUCUACAGAAAAAAAGUCAUUUGAAAAGAAAAUGUCUGACUGAUACAUUUGUAUGAAAGUUUUACAGUAGAUUCUUUCCCUUGAAAAAAAAGGGAUGAUUAAGACUUACAGCUGUUUUUGAAAGAGUUCACAAUUAAGACAGUGAAAUAUUUUUGACAGUACUUCAGUUCUGCAUUACAGUUAUAACAUUGGCAUGUAUUGGUCAGAAUUUAAUUUAGAGGAAAAAAUUAUAGCUAAUAAUGUACUUUACAUAUUUUCUUCAGUAUCUCAGAAAUGUGUUUAUGUGUACAAUGAUUGUAGUGUGUCCUUCGCAGAACUUCAGAGAUGUAUAUAUACUGAUCUACUUAAGGGUGAAUGGCUGGUUUUAACUUUAUGUUGAAUAUAUGAACCAUUUUAAAACUGUUAUUUUUAUCUCCCACCCACUUCUGGAGAAGAGAGGAUAUACUGUAUUUGUUUAGUACACCAUUUAGACAUACAGUAGUCAGACUUGGUAGGAGAAUUACUUGUGGUCAAUAGCUAACUUAUUUGAUCUUCAUGGUCAGAAGGUGAAAGGUCAAGACCACAGUAAACUUGUCACUAAAAUGGUUUUCAAUAAAAAAUUUAAACAAUAGACAACUACCAAUAUUUUCUUGGAUCAGUAAAAUUACAAUUCCCAACUCCCUCAGACAGUACAUUAUGGUGGACAUUACUAUUUUACAGAUAGCUGUUGUUUGGUAUGCAUGAGAUUGUAUUGCAUGAUUGAUGACUUUCUUUAUGGUUUUAUUCUGAUUUGUGAAUGAUUUAGUGAGUUAUAAAAACAAGUCAUUUUGUUUAGAAUAUUACAAAACAAAACUUGUCACAAUUUAUACCAUGAGGAUUUACUAGACAAAUUUUAGCUGAUGUAUUUGUGUAUUCUAUUAUUUUAUAAAAAGUGGGAGAAGUGGAACAAACAAAUUUUAUUAUUUUGUUACACCUCUUUUAAUGCAUUGGUGAUUUAAAUUCUUUUUUGUUUCUUUUCAUAUGUUUGAAACUUUGCAGAAGAAAUUUAAUUAUUGAUUUGGUAACUAAAUUCUUCAAAUUCAUCAAGCUAAGAUUAUUUGUAGAUGCUAAGGACAAAUGGAAACAAAGACUAGGAAGAUAGUCUUAAGCUUAAAUUCUGUGAGAUAAGUAUUCAUUGAGAGUUGUUUUGAGCACGGAUGGCUCUGAGAUAAGCUUAAAUCCUGUGAGACAAGCUUAAUUUCUGUGAGAUAAGUAUUCUGUGAAAGUUGUUUGGAGCAAAGAAUGGCUCUUAGAUAAGCUUAAAUUCUGUUAGAUAAUGAGAUAAGCUUAAAUUAUGAGGCAGUCUUAAACUCUGUGAGUUUACUGUUCUGUAAGAGUUGUUGGAUCAGUGGAAUGGCUGUGAUAUAACUUUAAAUUCUGUGAGAUAAGUUUUCUUUUAGAGUUGUUGGGAGUGUAGGAUGAGAGUGGCAGUGAUAAUAAAGAAUGGUAGAGAAAGCAGUGAGGAAUUGAGGAAUUUGUUACUUUGGAGAGGGGGAACUGAGAGCCUAUUAAAAGUUUGGGAGAGCGUGGCUUUUGGACAUAAUAUAUUAUAUGUAACAAGAAAAUAAAGCUGAUUUUAAAAUGUUGUGAACAAAAGACGAAAACUUAAAAGAAAGCAUGAAUUACACAGAUUAAGAAUGCUUGUGUAAAUUUUAGAUAAAUAAAAAGUAAUUUGUGAGUUUUUCUGUUUCAAUGGUGUUGUAUACAUAAUGGUUAGUCUUGAAAUGUUUCAAAUAUUUUGUAAAACUUUCUUUAGCAGGAUUUUUGAAUUGCUACAAUCCCCCCAAAACAGGAACUUUUCAUAUGUUCAGGUAAUUUUAUUAUAUCAUAUUUUACUGAUUUAUAUAUAUUUCAAAGAGGAUAUGAAAAUAUUGUUAAUCAAAAUGUUGAAAAAGGGGAAUUUAGUCAUUCCAUCAUUCAUUUGUUUUGAUCCCAAUAACAGAGUGCAGUUGAAAAUAACUGUUUUUUCCAAAAUAAAUUCACUUUAAUGCCAACAUUUUAAUAAUUUGAAAGUUUCGAAACAUAAAGAAUAUUCUGAUCAAAGUGUCUAAAAUUCCACCAUAAUAUUUGAUAAUACCAAUAGAAAAUAAAAAGCCCAUUUUUAAUUUUAUAAAAAAUACAACUAGCUAAGUAUUCUAUUUAAUACAACAAAAAAUUAUAAUUGAAAACUGUGUAUGGUGGAAUGACUAAAGUUUAAAAAACAAUUCAGAUCAGAAUGUUCUUUUGUAGUUGCAUAGGAUACCAUAUUACAGAUGUUAUGAAAUAUAUUUUCUCUCUUUUUCUUUUUUUUCAAAUUAAAGCUGUUUAAAAAUGCUGGUAAAUUAUGUCCUAAAGAGGUAAAUAAAUGCCUUUAUGAUAUAUCAUGAAUUUUCUGUCUGAAAACAAAAUGUGGGAGUCAUGCUUCUUUAUGAUUGUAUUAGGAAGUUUUGUGGUGAAACUAUAAGUCUGUUGACUAUUUUUAACUAAAAUAUAUACAUGUAUUUUCAUUAAAAGAAAAGCUGUCUUGUAAGAUAUCUUUUAAAAAAGAAAUUUAAAAAGCCUAUUUUCACAUGCUGAUAUAUUAUUAAAAAUUCUAACACGAAUUGAUUCAGUUUCUUAUUCAACAAAGAAGGCUGAAAGUUGUAUGUUAUUUUACAACAAUUUACUGUUCUGACAUCACAGUUAUUACAUCAUAGAGUAAAACGGCAUAGUGGCGCAUUGGAAAAGAAACCAACAAAAAACAGUCAAGUAUUUGAUGGACUUCGUCAAAGAUUUACUUAAAAAUCCUUGGUAACGUGUUAGAAUUGAAAUAAUAUAUCUCAUUUAGUGAUUUGCUCUUGAAUAAAAUCAUUGUUUGCCGUUCAAAUGCGCAUUAUUAUAUCACAAGGGCGCAGCUUCGCAUCUGAACUCCAAAUAAUGAUUUUAUUCAACGACAAAUCACUGGAUGAGAUAUAUUAUUUCUUAAACAAUACAGUUGCCAGUGUUCCUAUAGUGUAAGUGUUAUUGAUGUGCAAACUUCAUUUGCUAAAUGUUUUUGAUUCCAAAUAUAAAACAAGUAUUCAUAUUUUAUCCAAACAGGUGUACCACUUUCUGUGGAUAUUCAAAAUGAAAGUGAUAAGGAGCUGCUAAAUCAAGUAAAUGAGCUUGGUAAACGUGUUGUGCUUGAAAUCUCUGAAGAUUGUCCAGGCAACAUCUCUGCAGAAAUGGAGUAUGACAAAGAGGAAAAGGCAGAUGUUGUCCAUGUUAAGAAGUUUCAAAGAACUGUGAUUCCAGAUAUAGACUUGCCAGGUAUUGAAGAAGAAGAAGAAGGAGAAAUGGAAGAUGAUCCUUCGGAGAUGGUUGAAUAUUUUGACUAUGGCUCCUCUGUAGAUGAGACAUCAAUGACAGAGAGCCAUCCACAGAGAGCAAGACUUCAUCCAAGACUGCAGAAGCAGGAUGCAGUAACAUCAUCAACGUCUCAGUCUGAAUCUGAUGACAGAUAUGCAAGACCAAAGUCAAGGUUGAGGAGAUCAUAUUCAGAAAUAAAGACCAGGCCUAAUUACAAAUCAGAUGGUUCUGUUUCAUCCAGAUCAGUUUCAUCUGCAACUAGGAGUAGGGAUUCAGCCUCUCAUUGGGCAGGAAAUACCUCAGCACCAGAAUGGUUGCCUUCUUGGUCACAGAAUGGAAUUAGUAGUCAAAGAGAAUAUAGAGAAUACAACCGACCUCGGACUGCUUGGAAGAGGGAGGAUCGGGCUUAUAUGGAUCAUUCACAGGGCCUUAGACCAUUGUCUGCAAGGCGAACCAUGUCUAUGAGAGAAAGAGAGGAUUAUGAGUACAUGAGGGCAAAAUUUUACCCUCCAGUUCAUGACUGCCUCAGCCAUAGCCAUGGUCAUCAAGAUGACAGCCAGUUAAAGAAUAAAACACCUAGAAAACCACUUGUAAGAACAAAUUCUAGAAAGAGGGACAUUAAUAUUAAUAUUGACUCUGGUGCUAAUAGAUCAAAAAAUAAAGUUGAUACUGAAAUUCAUGGUGUGACAGAUGAGUCAGAUGCAGGAAGGGUUACAGUAGGAAAAGGCAAACGUGGUAAUAUUAACAUAAAAAUACCAGGGUCUGAGCUGCAAGAAACAGCUGAUGAGGUGUCUGAUUUGGAACUAGAUCAUCCUCCACCAAGACCUAUUAAAGUUGACAUUAAAUUUAAUAUGAGUGAGAAAACAGAUAAUGAGAAAGUGGUUGAGAAGAAGAAAGAAGUGGCAAAACCAGUAAAAGUAAAAUCUCCUAAGAAGACUAAAGAAAAGCCAGUUGUAAAAGAAAAGCCAAUACUGCAGCAAAUUUUGGAGGAACCUGUGGAUCCAGGUGUAUCUGAAGCCUAUGCCUUACAUAUAUUGAAGGUACCUGUAAAAGUCAAGAAAAAUAAGGCAAACACCAAGGCUAGAGGAAGGUCACGGUCACCAAAGAAAGGUGGGAGAGGAAGAUCACCAUCUCCCAAGAGAAACCCAUUGAAAAAUGAUUUGAACAAAGCUAGAAAGGACAUAGAUGCUAAGGUUGAAGAUGGAAAACAACAACUUGAAAAAUUACUCCAGGAGUGUUUAGAGGUGUUUGGUGAAAAGCUUAAAGAGCAGCAAGAGAUGUUUGCUGAACAGUUGGAGAAAGCACAUGGUCAGUUUGCGGAAGAUCUGAGUGAAGCACAGGGAGCUUUAUCUUUGCAUGGUGAAACAGUUAAAGGUGAUCUAUCAACCAAGUUAAUUGAAGCAACAGAUACAAUUACAGAACAGUUAAAAGAUUCCCAGACAGCUCUAAGGACUAAUCUAGAUAUAUCACAGAAAGCUUUGGCCAGCCAGUUAGAAGAAUCUCAGAAAAUCUUAGGAGAUCAGUUACAGGAAUCACAAAAUAACUUUGGAGAACUUGUGAAAGAUUCACAAAAUGUUCUCGCAGGUCAGCUCAAAGAUUCGCAACAGAUUUUUAGUGAUCAAGUCCAAGAUUCACAAAAGCUUCUGUCAGAACAGUUGACCGAGUCACAAAACACUCUGACAACUCAAAUGAAAGAUACACAGAUUGCAUUAACAAAUCAGCUAAAGGAGUCACAGACAAUGAUAGCAGAUCAAGUUAAAGAAUCACAACGGAUGAUUGCAGAACAGUUGAAAGAUGCACAAGAAACUAUAGCUGAACAGCUCAAAACAGCAAAAGCAAACUUUUCUCAACAGUUUGUUGAGUCAAAACAGACACUCACAACACAACUUCAGGAGUCACAGGACACAAUGUCUAAACAGCUUGCAACAUCACAACAGGUCAUUUCUGAUGAUCUUGCAACCUCUCAAGGCAUUCUUUCUAAACAGCUGGAUGACAAUCAAAAGAUUUUAUCAGACCAGCUUAUGGCUUCAAAGGAAACAAUUGAUAAACAAUUACACGAAACACAAACUAAAAUCAGUGAACAACUUGAAGAUAGUCAGAAACAGAUUGACAAUACUUUAACUGAAACUUUGGACAAAAUUGAUAAACAAGAGCAAGAUGCCACCGAAAGAUUGUUAAAAGAAAGUGAAGAAUCACAGAAAAAGAUACAGCAGCAGGAGGAAGAUGCAAAAUUGAGAAUGCAAGAAGAGAGUGAGGCAAGCCAGAAGAAACUGAUGGAGCAAGAAGAAGCAGCAAGGGAAAAGUUGAAGCAGGAAUCUGAAGAAACUCAAAGAAGAUUGGCAGAACAAGAAGCUCAAGCAAAGGAGCAGAUGGAGAAUGAGAGAGCUGAGACUCAAAGAAGGCUUGAAGAACAGGAAAACAAAGCACGUGAGCAAAUGCAAAAGGAAAGUGAGGAAACACAAAAAAGAAUUGCAGAGCAAGAAGCAGCUGCUAAGGAGAAGUUACUGAAAGAAGGUGAAGAUACUCGCAGAAAAUUAGCAGAACAGAGUGAGGAAAGUCAGAAAAAGUUAGCACAACAGAGUGAGGAGUCAUCAAAAAAGCUGUUGGAACAAAGUGAAGAGACCUCUAAGAAACUUGCUGAGCAAGGUGAAGAAACCCAAAAGAAAUUAGCAGAGCAAAGUGAUGAAACACAAAAGAAAUUGGCUGAGCAAGAGCAAAAAGCACGAGAAGAAAUGGAGAAAGAAAGGGAUGCAGCAGCUCAGCGUCUAGCUGAGCAAGAAGCAGCAGCAAGAGAGAAUAUGAGAAAAGAAGGUGAUGAAACUGCAAGAAAAUUGAAGGAGCAAGAGGAAGAAGCAAAGGAACAAAUGAAAAAGGAAAGUGAGGAAACAGCAAAACGGUUAGCAGAACAGGAAGAAGAAGCAAGGCAAAAACUCCAGAAGGAAAGUGAAGAAACACAGAAGAGAUUAAUAGAACAAGAAGAGAAAACAAGAGAAAUGAUGCAAAAAGAAACUGAAGAAUCUGCUAAAAGAUUAGCUGAACAAGAAGCUUCAGCUAAAGAAAAUUUGUUGAAAGAAGGAGAAGAAUCUGCAAGACGACUUUCAGAACAAGAACAAAAAGCCAAACAGGAAAUGCAAAAGGAGGCAGAUGAAACAGCAAGGAAACUAGCAGAACAAGAGGCAUUGGCUAAACAAAGUUUGCAAAAGGAAUUGAAGCAAAAGCCAGUGACGCUAAAAAAACCUGACCGAAACCAGAACUACCUAGAUCAGAGAGAUGGCAUGUCAAGUAAGAGCAUAUCUUGCAGUGGAUUAACCUUUAUGAUGUGUUGCAUUGACAUUAAUUAUGAUUCUAUUUUCAUGAUAUACUUAUUUCACCAAUUCAUGAUCAAAUGGAAAUAUAAAUACAUUUUAAGGGGCACACCUAAUUUAUGUCAGAUAUUUUUCAAAAUCAGAAUAUCUUUGUCAUCAGUAAAAUAUUCUGUUCCCUUCAGUGACCGAUACCUUCCUAUUUGUGAGAACUAUAAUUGUGUCCAGCAGUCACCUAGAUUUGCGAGACGUCCCCCUGUAAAGGAGUAUACCUACAGAAUGCCAGAAGUCGUGUACAUGAAAAACGACCAGAAAAUGGAAUUGAUAGAAAAACCAAGAAAAGUUGUUGAUGACGACAUGAUGUAUUUUUGUAACCAGGAUGAUGUUGAUGAUAAUGAAAGUUAUGAAAGUUUGUUUGAAGGGUUUGAUGGACAGAUUAUUAAUAAUAGUAACACAAUUUCCGAUAGCGGUAUUGAACAGUCUGAGAGUAUUGUAUCAGAAAGGAGUGUAAGUGAAGCUCUUAGAGAUAGGGGGAGUGUGAAUGAAUGUAGAAAAGUUGAAGAAAGUAUGGACAAGUUAAAACUGAAGCUAGAAAAAAAGAUGACAGGGUUGUCCUUGCAGUUGAAUGAAUCUGAUAGUGAGUCAGGAGUGGAAAGGAGUUUUACUGAGGUAGUAGAAGAUACUUCAGUAAGGGAGAAAGAAAACGAGGUGGUGGAUGUGAAGUUAGGGGAUGAGAUAAAGAAUGGAGCUGAUUUAGAUGGCGGGCAGAUGAAAAACGAAUCAUUGAAGGAGUUAGGAGACUUGAAGUUAGAUCUAAGUAGUGUGAAAGAUGAAAAUGUUGAAGGGUAUAAAUUGAGUGAGGAACACAAACUGAAGAAAAGACGAUCACAUGAAACAAUUGAACAGUUAAUGGCAAAGAAUAAAUACGAUGAUGAUUUCGAGGAGGAAGUUGUGGAACAAACUGAAGAUGAUCGCCGACACAUUAUUGGUCUCCGUGAUGAUGAGACACGCGUAAAUGGGAAAACCAUCUCCGUUGAUGUCGCAGAGAAAGAAAAAGAACAAGAGAAGGAAGGGACACUACCAGAGCACAGACGAGUGGAGGGGUAUUCAUCAGAAGAUGAAGAUGCUGAGGGUCCAAAAUCGAAGUCCAUUGAAGUCACUGCAGACAUACAUGCACAGAAGAAAGAAGGAUCACCAAAGAGGCAUAGAAGGUCCUCCUCUUCUUCAUCAUCAUCAUCAUCUAGUUCAUCAGACAGGGAAAAAACCCCAAGACCCCAAACCCCUGAGAGAAAAACGAGGUCGCCAGAACCGGAGAGAAUUGUUGAAACAGCAGUUGUACAGGUUCAUACUGCUAGAUCAGAGGAGUCAGCACCACCAAGGUCAGACCGUUCAGACCGUAGCACAACCAGUGGCUCCCUAACCACCGAAACAGAGAGCACAUUGGAAUCGAAUCGACAAGAGAUUGUGCGCGAAACACCAAAAGUAAGAAGAAGUAGUUCCAGUUCUUCAUCGAGUACUCUGUCAUCGGACAGUGAGGAUGAGAAGUACCAGAGAAAGAAAAGAGAAAAUAGGCAAAGACUGGAGAAUGAGAAAAGGAGGAAAGAAGAGGAAGAAAAGAGGAAGAAAGAAACUGAAGAGAGGGAGAUAGAGAGAAAAAGGCAGUUAGAAGAGGAAGAAAGAAAGAGGCAGGAAGCAGAAGAGGAAAGGAAGAAGAGAUUUGAAUUACAGAGACAACAGAGUCAGGACAGAUUGCGUCUGAUGGAAGAACAGCGGAAGAAGCAGGAGUUGGAACGUCAGCAGCAGAUGUCAGAGCAGAUGAAAGCAAAGGAGGAGGAGAGGAAAAGACGACAAGCAGAGGAGGAGCGUAUACAGAAGGACUAUGAGAAGCAGUUGUCGUUCAUACAGAGUCAGAGAGAGAGCGAGAGUACACUAAGUGUGUCUGAGGAGACUAAAAGUGAGGUUAAAGUUGAAGUUACACCAACAAAAGAAGAGAAAAGAAGAUCUUCAUCGUCAAGUUCAAGUUCCUCUGAGAGUGAGUCUGAAGUCGAAAAGAAGAAAGAAACUUCUCCAUUUGCAGUGGCUAUAGCCUCGUUGAAGACUGAAGAGGCUGUUCAAGACAAACCAAGGCAUGAGACCUCAUCUUCAUCCUCCACCGAGACCAGUUCAUCAUCUGUAACUGAGCAAGCGAAAGAACAAACAUCAGAUGUUCAACCAAUGCAGAUCAUUAAAGAAGAGGAGAAGAAAGAGUCACGUCGCUCUUCAUCUUCAAGCGUAUCAAGCUCAUCAUCAAGUAGCUCAGGCGGAGAAUACACAGUUAGUAAAGAAUCAAAACCAGAACAGAAAAAACUGGAAGCUGAAACUUCCAUCAUACAGGAAACAAAUGAAGCAGUACAAAAGAAGUCAAGCUCAUCCUCUUCAUCUUCAGGGUCAAGUUCUGAGUCAGAAUCUGAUGAAGAUAACAAGAAAGUCACAGAAACAAAGGAAAAGGAAGAGGUGAAGAAAGAAACAACUGAAACUACUCCAGAGGAACAGCCUAAAUUUGAGAGGAAAGGAUCAACAUCAUCAGCAUCAUCAUCAUCGUCAUCCAGCUAUGCACGAAGUUAUUCUAUAUCUGAUAACGAGUUUAGAUCACCUAAAGAUUUCAACAAGUCACUGGGAAAAUUUCAACCAGAAACAAAAGAAAAGGAGGAUGUAAAAAUAGAUACAACUGAAUCUGUUUCAAAGGAACAGGCUAAAUCUGAGAGAAAAGGAUCAACAUCAUCAUCAUCAUCGUCAUCCAGAUAUGACCGAAGUUAUUCGAGAUCUGAUAACGAGUUUAAAUCACCUGAAGAUUUCAAGAAGUCAACUGCACUGGGAGAAUUUCAACCAGAAACAAAAGAAAAGGAGGAUGUAAAAAUAGAUACAACUGAAUCUGUUUCAAAGGAACAGGCUAAACCUGAGAGAAAAGGGUCAACAGCAUCAUUGUCAUCAUCCAGUUAUUCAGGCAGUGAAUUGGAAUCUGAUGCGGAGUUCAAACCAGCUGAAGCACCAAAGGAGCCAGCUCCAUUUGGAGGAAUUCAUCAUGAACCAUUGCUUACAGACAAGACAGAAAUGUCUAAACCAGAACCUACACCUCCAGGCUCUGCAGUGCCUCAAAAAGACAUUGAGAAGGAUCUGAAAAAAGAGGAGAGUGAAGACAGCAGUUCUGUCAGCUCUAGCUCUGACUCCGAUUCUGACUCUUCAGACAGUGAAGAGGAAAAAGACAAAACAAAACAGAAACAAGGUUCCAAGCCGGUAACCAGUGAAAGUGAGCCAGAAACAAUGCAUGGAGGUCAUGACCCUGAAAAUGUUGCCAAGUCUGGUACGUCAGUGGAAUCUCACCUGGUGAAGACUAAAGUUCGGGCACCUAUGGCCCAUUAUGGAAGUAUACUACCAAUGGUGAAGGAUUCAAAUGCUGUAGAUCUGAAUGGUGUCAAACUGGAUGAUAGCCAGUUGACGGAAAUAAACAACUACAUAGCUGAAGUGGAAAAUAUUAAGUCUGUGACGUUACGUAACUGUGGUCUCGAUGAUUCUUCGUUCCCGAAUGUAGCCUUGUCUCUUCAAGUUACUCAGUCAAGUCCAAACAUUCUGAACUUCAGCUUGAACCAGCUGGGAGCAAAAUCAUUGCAACCACUUUCAGUAGCGAUUAAACAGAAGCCGUCUAUUGAAAUUGUAAUCCUAAAUGGAAACCCAGUUGGAAAUGUUGGUUGUAAAGUGCUUAUAGAUGCCCUUGUGAAAACAAAAGAUCCGUUCCCAUUUUUACGCCGAAGCUCUGGCUACUUGACCCCGUCCGAAGCUAGGCAACAGAAAGAAGAAGGUAAGGAUGUCGACUUGGAGGUUGACACCAGUGAUGCCGGUUGUAAUGUCAAGGAAUUGGAUCUGGGCGACUGCAAAAUUGCCGAUGCUGGAAUUGCUGAAAUUUCACGAUUUUUAGAAUCCAAUAAGACUCUUACCUCCCUCAAUUUGAACGGAAAUCGUGAAAUUUCCCCAUCAGGCUGGGAGAGACUUGGACAAGCUUUGAAGAAGAACAAAACUUUAAAAACACUAUCUCUAGAUUUCACAAAUAUUGGAGAUUCUGGAUUAGAAAACUUAGGGAAAGGGCUACGAGUCAACACAGGGUUACGUUCUCUCGAGCUAGAGAGCUCAGGUCUGACAGAAAGGGGCGGACAAAUCUUGAGAGAUCUGUUAAAAUCGAACACGAGUAUACUCGAAGUGACUGUAACACCUGGUAACGACAUCUCCGAUGGUACACUGGAAGAAAUAAGAAAAUAUUUGGCUCUUAACAAUGCAGGUUCAGCUUAGGUUAUAAUGGACUCCCAUUUGUUUUUGAUAGUAAUCUAUAGUGAUAAGUAUCUUAAGAUAAGGUGUUUAUACGUUUUAUUUAAAUGUUGACAGAAGUUAAUGCAGAUCUGAGAUCUCAUGAAGUUUCAGGUUAAUGCUGUAACCUGCCUUUUAUAUUUAAGGUAAACAAAUUUUAUGAAGCAGUUUUAUAUGCUUUUAUACAGUGAGAACGAAAAUUUACCAGACUGAUAACAGUUAGUUUGUGAUAUAAUUUGGUUAUCUGAUGAUUUAGAUGGUUAGCUACAUGUAGCUUUUACUUUUCAUAUUGUAGUAGUGCUGAGGAAGCCAAUUUUAUAAUUAUUUAAUUUGUUGCUAUAGAAACAGAAUUAUUUAUUUCUUUGUGAUUUCAAAGGGAUUGUUUUAGCAUUUAGGUCUAGUUGUUUUAGUUAUAGGGAAAAAUAACUCUAUAUAUUUUAAAGAAAACCAAAAACAUCAAUUAGAUUGCAAGUAUUACAUCAUGCUAUAAUAUUUUUUUUUAUAUUUAGAAUAUUUAUUUGAAAUCAUUAUGUUUAUUGCUAGGAAUUUUCUGUCUGCUGCAGUUUUUGUCUUCUGCUUCUCUGCACCUUAUUAUCAGUAUGCAUCAGUCGCUGCAGAUAAGAUAUUUGUCAGCCUUAUUUGCACAACCUUUUUAUUUUAGGACUGACUCAGGCAAAAGGAAUUCAACUUUGAAAUCUGUAAAGUUCAAUUUCCGUUUUAUCUGAUUAUUAGAAGAAGAAUUUGGUUUUCCGUCCAAGAAAAGAUGAUAUUCAUUUGUUUACUCAAGUACUUCUUGGAUCUGAGUUUUAGAUAUUAGUGAUUUUUACUUGUUUUGAGAUAAUUGAGAAGAAGUAUUUUAAAAGUUCUUUUGUCCUUUCGUUGUAAUGGACAAUGACAAAGAAACAUAACAUUAUUUGCCAAAACAGAUAUUGCCACAUUUUAUUUUUUUUUCCUUUUGGUUGUUUUACUUAUAUUAAGACAGAACUCAAAAGACCAUUUGCUCAAAUUUGUUACACAGAGAUGUACAUUAUAUAUUUCAAUAAUAGCUGAGAACAAAUAUAUUAUUUAAUACAUAAAAAUAAAUAUUUUUCAAUUUUUAAACUUUAAAUACUUCUACAGUUCAUUAUAUUAAAGCGUAUUUUUUAACUAAUAAAAGUACUUACUCAAUGGCUGAUAGAGAAGAUUUUAUGUACUAUUCAUGUGAUGAUUUUUUAUAUUUUUAGAUUACACACCUAGUCUCCAUUAUGUAAAUUAUAUCAUGCUAUUUUAUUUAGUAAACUGUUAACGAUGUAAUAAUUGUUUCAUGACUAUUGUAAGCUUGUGUCUUAACCUUUACACAC